GUCCUGGGGAUGGAGCCGAAUCCUCAUUGGUCAGUGUGCAUCAGGAGGCGUAGUUGCACAUGCUUGGUCUCCGCGGGACCAGGAGGGAAUCCUCGAAGGCGGGACCCGGUGGCUCUAGGGCGACUUGAUUUGGAGAGUGGUCUCCUUGGAUUUCACGGGGCCACGGAGUGAAGAGAAGCCGCUCUUCCAGCAGUCGGGGAGUGGGGCGCUUGAGGUCUCAGUCCUGGCCUCCGGAGGACUGAGUGUAGGAGGAGUGGGUGCGGCCCGCGCCCUCAGCCACCCUCUGCCCUCGCGGGUCCUCUCAUCUUCCCUUAGCAGGAGAUGAGCAGGGUCUGCAAGAAGAGGGAGCCCUGCCCAGCAAAGUAAAAAAUCAUAAGAAAUGAAUUUUAAUGUCUGGAAUGUCAAAGAGAUGCUCAGUAUUCCCUCAGGCUCUGGGACCACUAAGUCAUCUCACUGGAAUAAUAAUCAGACUGAUUAUUCUGCUCUCAGUGAUUCCCAGUUCCUCUUUGGAUCUCAGUUUUGUCCAGAAAAUUCAGAAACCCUGUCAGCACCCUUAGACCUAGGUGCUCACUUGAGACAUUCAAAACAGUUACAACAGAAUUCUGUGGAUAGUGAACCUAGUAUUUUCACAAAGUACCAGACAAAACCCCAACUCUUUGGAGGAGAGACAAAGGACAGGGGCUUAUUUUCUCUUCCUUUACCAGUUGGAAAAUCAAAAUGCCUCUUGAAACAGUUUGAGGAGAAAAAUAAAACUGCAAAAGACAAAUGUGACAGUGAGAGUCUAUACAACUUCCUUUCCCAGGUCAGAGAAAACAUUCAGAGGUUGCAGACAUCUGUGGACAAGUCUGAGGAGCACCUCACUUCAAGAAGCCAAUCUAUUUUGGAUUCUUUGGAAACUGUAGCUAAGACAUUGCAAGAGACUGCACGGGUCCAGAGCGACCUGAGGUUUGAGGCAAUACAAGAAAAAGGCAAUGCAGAGCAGGCCAUCCUUGAGAUGCAGAAGAAAUUUGAAGCUAGACAAACAGAGUUUAUAGAAAUGAAGUCCAGCCUGAAGCACCUUGAGGUUUUAGUUGCCCAGCAGAAUAAGGACUUCCAGCAGCUAUGUGAGCAUCUAGGCCAGCUGCACAUGCCUGAUGUCCUCGAAGAGCUAAAGAGAUUGAUCUCGGCACCUCAGGUACCUAGGCACGUGAAAGACAGUGCUUCUCAGACCUCACCAUCUCUAGCCCAGAGCCUCAGUUUCAUCAAGCAGAGUAAACUCACCUGUGAGGAGCCAGUUGCAUGGCAGAUCCAGGCCGCCCCUGCUGCAGGGAACUGCAGUGCAGGCUUCCUGAGGCCUGGGGAGUUUGGUGUCUGGGGUAAGCAAGCAAAGAGUGAUUCUCUCCAAGAAAAGGCUGCACUGCCAGCAGUUGAGCCUUGUAAAGGAAAUGAGCAAGUUAAGGACAAGGAAAUGCAGACCAACUGCCAGGAUUUAGCUGUCACUAAAACAAGUCCUAAGAACCAUGGCUCCAGCAUCCCAGACCACAAGGCAUGUGCUGAUAGAGACCUUGUUUCCCAAGGAGGCUCACAGCUUAUAUCCCUGGACUUAAACGACGUUACAAACAGCAUUCAGAAUGUCUGCCCAGAAUAUCAGGCCCAAAGUAUAUUUUUUUGUGACCCAUGUCAACAGUUGGUGACUGAACAGAAAGGCAAGACUGUAGAAAGAGGGAGGAAAAGCAAGAAGCAGCAGCCCAGGAAGGCCCACAGGGGCAGGGUCCCUGCUAGGAAGCGAGAACAAACCCCGAGCAAGACCCGUGCUUUUAACCCCAAAUACCAGAGUACCCUGUCUCCAGUUUCUGGCCCAGGAAGACCCCCCACAGGGCAGCAAGAGCUCCUUGCUCAGGCCCUGUGUUUGCAGGGUCCCAGAAGCUCCCCAAAAUCAGUCUGUCCUGCUCUAGGAAGAAGAGUCAAGCCCAGCAAGACUGCAAGGGCAGUGAGAGGGGGUGCCUUACAAUUCACCACGUGUUCUUCCAAAGGAAACAGGCUCCUCCCAAAGGAAAGCAGUUUCCAGAGGGACCACCAGAUGAGCUGGUUCAGCGACCUCAACCUGGAAAAUUCAGAGCCUGCCCAGUGUAAGGAGGCAGGGAAGAAUUUACUGUAUCACCUGGGUUUUGAUAGCAGCGAUGAUGACUUUUGAGCAGCCAACAGUGACUUCAGUUGCUGAUUUAUGGAUCUCAGCUAGAUAGACAAAUUACAGAACACUUGAACUGGCUCACAGAAAAAAGUCCUUGAAGCCUGCUUGGGGACCCUCAUGGUCAGAGGCCCUGCAGGUUAUGGUCAGUGGGAAUUCAGUUCUGCUGCCCAGGUGAAGGGCAUGAGGGACAAGUUCAUCCUUGUUUCUUAGAAGGAAAUGUGUGGAGAUGAUGGGGAGGAGACAUGGGGCUGCAGCCUGGCAGUGGGCACCAUAGCACGACUGUCCUGGGUGAAAGGGCACCCAGCCCCAUUCCAUAUCAUUUUUAUCUUUGUCCAAUUACAGUGCCAGGGAGUGUGCAUGUUUCUAUCAGAGGACAUAUUACAGGUCACACCAAGUCAGUUUUCUUGUGAACGGAGGAGGAUCAAAACUGUCAACGAAAGACAAAUAGCACAUACAACUAAUUGUCCAGAGCGUCGCUAUUUCUAUUGACACAGGAGUCAGUUUUUUUCCUGGCUGUUUUUUCCUGUUUUAUUCUUCAACCACUCUUAAACUUAGUGACAGUGUCAGCAGACCCAUUGUUACUGAUGUAAAGCAGUAGGCUUGAGACUUUGGGUUUGCAUUUCUAUAUUCCUAAAGUUGUUGAAUUUUUGCAACAUGUGUUUCUUUUGUAAUUAAAAAAUAAAUAGGGCCAGGGAUUUAGCUCAGUGGUUCCGCCACCUGCCUCGAAAGCACAAGGUCCUGAGUUCAAUCCCCAGUACCAAAAAAAAUUAAUAAAAAAUAAAAAAUACAUAUAAAACCUUGAAAGCAUUUUCUUUAAGUUUAUUGAACUGAUCUUCCAAUUCAGUUUUUACUUAAGAAAUCAUAUAGAUUAGAUGUAUGCUAUCUUUUUAUUCUCUAAGUCUCUCAAUAAUUUUGAAUAAACAAUAUUCCAUUCAAACUGGUUUUUCUUUUCCUCUGUUGUAUGAAACAAAAUCCUCAUGGAAUGGAUGGUUUCCAGAAUUUUCCCAUUCCCAAGCCAGUGCAGUAAGUGACAUUAGAGCCAGGCAUAGUGGCACAUGCCUGUAAUCCCAGCACUCAGGAGGCUGAGGCAGUAUUGCUGUGCAUUGGAGGCGAGCCUGGGUUAUCUAGUGAGACCCUGUCUCAAAAAAAAAAAAAAAAAAAA